AUGUGUAAUGUCACUGUGGAUGAAGAAGUGAAACUUGUGACCAAAGGGUACUCAGCAGUGCUUAAGAGCUGCAUGUCCGACAUUGGCGAGCUUUCCGACACCAAUGAAGACCUUCGUUCUGAGCAACAGGAGCCAGAGCCCCCGCAUGUUAAAGAGGAAUUGGAGGGUAAAGAGGUUCCCCACAUCAAAGAAGAAGAGGAAUUGGAGCCCCUUUCCAUUAAAAAAGAGGAGGAUGAAGAGUGCCUCCACAUCAAGGAGGAGGAAGAAGAGCCCCCCUACAUCAAACUGGAAGAGGCGGAUAUCAAUUUGAAACAACACAUGAAAUUACACACUGGAGAAAAACCUUUUGCCUGCUCAGAUUGUGGUCAAAGAUUCACUUACAAGGGAAACUUAAAAAUACACACAAUAAUCCACACUCAUGAGAAACCUUAUGCCUGCUCAGUUUGUGGUCAAAGAUUCACUCAAAAUGGAAGCUUAAAACUACAUACAAGAAUCCACACCGGUAAUAAACCUUUUGCCUGCUCAGUUUGUGGUCAAAAAUUCACUCAGAAGGGACACUUAGAAAUGCACACCAGAACCCACACUCGUGAGAAAUCUUUUGCCUGCUCAGUGUGUGGUAAAAAAUUCUCUCGUCAAGAAAACUUAAGAAUACACACAAGAAUGCACACUGGAGAGAAACCAUUUUCCUGCUCAGUUUGUCAUCAAAUAUUCUCCAUAAAGAAAUACUUAAUAAAACACGAAAAAACCCACACUGAUGAUAAACCUUUUGCCUGCUCAGAUUGUGGUCAAAGAUUCACUCAAAAUGGAAUCUUAAAAAGACACACAAGAAUUCACACAGCUGAUAAACCUUUUGCCUGCUCGGUUUGUGGUAAAAAAUUAUCUGUAAAGGAAAGGUUAAAAUUACACACAAAGACCCAUACUGGUGAGAAACCUUUCACCUGCUCAGUUUGCGGUCAAAGAUUCUCCACAAAGGCAAUCUUAAAAUUACACACAAGAAUCCACACUGGUGAGAAACCUUUUGUGUGCUCAGUUUUCUUUCGAAGAUUCUCUGUAAAGGAAAGGUUAAAAUUACACAAGAGAACCCACACAGGUGAAAAACCUUUUGCAUGCUCAGUUUGUGAUAAAAAAUUCUCUGUAAAGGCAAUCUUAAAAUUGCACAUAAGAAUCCACACAGGCGACAAACCUUUUGCCUGCUCAGUUUGCGGUCAAAGAUUCUCCGCAAAGGCAAGCUUAAAAAUACACACAAGA